UUGAGCAUGCGAUGCGGCUGAUGUCACAGCAGCGGCAGAGGCAGCGCCAGUCAGUCCGACGGAGCUGAGGGUUGCCAGCGAGGAUGAUGGCGGCCGACAAAGCCACUCUUUUCCGUUAAAUCUACUGGACUCAAAGAGCCGCGCCAGCAAUGGACCGACAGGGUUUCCCCGACCAGGACCAACUCCUGCAGUUUCUCAAGAGGCUCAAGGAGGUUUUUGAUGUGUGUGACGAGGAUGCUGACGGCUUCAUCCGGGUGGAGCACUUGAUGGACCUUGGGCUUCAGUUCGGUCAAGGAGACGAGGUGAAGAAGCUGACUAAGCAUCUGUGUCCUAAUGCCCAUGGUAAAAUCAACUUCAAAGACUUCUGUCAUGCUGUGUUUGCUAUUAAAGGUUUUGAAGAGAUAUUAAAGAUGGCUGUUGGUCCUCGAAGCCUGGCAUCCCGACAUCAGUCAGUCACAGACAAUGGCUACAUUUAUCAGGAUGGUGAGGUAAAGCUUGGCCCUCCUAUUAUCACAUGUACGAGGUCUUACCCAGAGUGCAGUGUGUAUGACGCGAAGCGUGGAGCUCAGGCAGAAUGCGACAGGGACAGAAGUGUUGAAAACACCCACCGGUCUGACUCCCAUGAGACAUCACAAGACAGAUAUGUGAUUGGAUCAGCCUCUGCCCCUCUAAUCCCCAGAGAAGAGCAAUUUGAGGACUACGGUGAGGGGGUAGAUGCAGAUUUCAGCCCCAGUAGUCCCUGCCCUGAGGAUGAUAGCAGGACAAAUGGCUUCUCAGACCUGGGUUCCUCACUCCCAUCCAGUGCCGGGCACACUCCCCAGAAGAUGCAGCAGCUGUACAACAGUGAUCUGCUCGACAUCUACUGCUCUCAGUGCUGCAAGAAAGUAAAUCUUCUCAAUGACCUAGAGGCUCGGCUGAGAAACCUCAAGGCAAACAGCCCUAAUAGAAAGAUUUCCAGCACAGCAUUUGGACGUCAGCUGUUCCAGGCUAACCAGGGUGUUUUUGGCUCCAGUCAGUGCAGCAGUACAGAGGAUCUGUUCACGGACAGCAUUGACUCCUGUGACCUCGACAUCACAGAGAAAGUCAGUUAUCUGGAGAAGAAGGUGACAGAGUUGGAGAGUGACAGUUUGGCCAACAGUGACCUCAAGUCUAAACUCAAACAGGAGAACACUCACCUAGUUCACAGGGUGCAUGAGCUUGAAGAGCAGGUCAAAGAUGUGGAGACUAAGGCUACAGAGACUCUGGGAGAGGAGAUGAAGAGACAUCGGGAGGCAUACAGCAAGAUGGAAAGAGACAGAAACACAGAGAUAGACCUGCUCUGCUGCAGGGUCCAGCACUUAGAGGAAGAGAAUGGAGAGAUGACAAUAAAUGUGAGCAGGCUCAAGUCUCAGUCUGAGAAACUGGACCAGGAAAAGCAAAGGAUGACGGACAAACUGGAGGACACUAGUCUAAGGCUGAAAGAUGAGGUGGACCUAUAUAGAAAGAUAAUGGAUAAGCUCUGGCACAACCGCCAUGAGUUUCAGAAGGAAAAAGAGGCAAUGCAGGAGUUGAUAGACGAUCUUCGCCGGGAGUUGGACCAUCUGCAGUUGUUCAAGUUGGAAAUGGAACAUCCUGGGAAGGGCAAAGGGCUGUCUGAAUAUAAUGCCAAGAACAGAGAGACAGAAAUGGAACAUGAAGUCAAGAGACUGAAACAGGAGAACUUUAAGCUCAGAGACCAGAACGAUGACCUUAACGCUCAGAUUCUGAGUCUGAGUUUGUAUGAGGCUAAGAACCUUUUUUCCUGCCACACCAAGGCCCAAUGCCUUGCUGCUGAGAUUGACAAUGCUUCGAGAGAUGAGCUUGUUGAUGCUCUAAAAGAACAGGAAGAGAUCAACCUGCGUUUGAGGCAAUAUAUGGACAAAAUUAUUCUGGCUAUUCUUGAUCACAAUCCUUCUAUCCUAGAGAUUAAGAAUUAAACAUUGCAUCUCCACACACACAUUUGGAUGAUUGUAGCGGUGGUAAUUAGCCAUGACACCACCUUCCUAAUCGCCUAUAUCUGAAAGUCAAAGGAAAGGUUUCAAGCACCCCCCCCCAACCCCCAACCCCUCAAACACUGGGUGGGCAUGAACAUCUUUGUUCUGAUUUUUCCAGUUCUUCUCUUUUUUUGACACAAUAAAAUGUGUUUUGAACUUUUUAGCUCAUAUGCCUCAUCCAAAUUUUGACCUAAACAAACGUGUUGAAAGUCAGGAUUGGAUAGCAGAUUGGAUGAAUCACAACUACUUUUCAUACAUUUAGACAUCAAUAAUGUCCUUAUGCAAGACAUCUUUUCAGUUUUUACUUUCUAACCCCAGUUUAAUGAUGUUUAGACAGAAGACAAUAUUGAUUAUUCUGAUUUUUUUUUAGUCAUUUGUUGCUUUGGGUAGGUGGUUGAUUUGCUGACAUCCUCAGUUUCUGAUGUUCGCUACAAUCUUUGUUGGAAAUGCCAUCGAUAGUGAAACGGUUUACAGUGCUAUCAUCAAAUUUAAGUAGUUUCUCAUCAUAACAGCUUUUUCUACUACACUAUGAGCAACUGCCAUCUAUGUCAAUUCUGUCUACAGUAGUUUACAAUCAAUUAGUCCUUCAGAUUAUUCAGUGUUACAAAGAACAUUUUUUGUGUAGAUGCAUACGUGAGCUAGCGUUCAGAAAACAUCUUUUAACAUUCCUUUAUUCUUACUUCUUCACAGUUGAAACUGCACUAAGUAUUGUCAUUUAUGACAGGUUACCACUACCACUGUACAAGGGGCUGUAGAAAAAGAAAAGUAUGUAUUAAUGAGAACAACAUAGAAAUUAUACCUUCUAGUUGAUUUAACCAUACAGCAGAACUUCCUAUGACUCCAUCAUGUAGACUGAAGGAAAUUAAUUGCAAGCUCAAAAGAUAUAUAUACAUAAAAGUUUAGAAAAUAGGAUAUGAACCAGUCAAAACAUAUUUGCUGAGUGAAAGCAUAACAGUGAAUAUUUCAAAAUAUUCUCAAGCACUGCCUCCAGAUUUUUCUUCUUCUAAUACAGUGGUUUGUCUAUUUGAGCACGCCUGAAUGUAAACAGGACACAUGAAACCUUUGAUUAAUAUAGUAUUGAUUUCAAGUGUAGUUUUUUUUUGUAAUAUUAUAAAUGAGCCUGAGAGUAAUUUCAGACCUGUGUCAAAAUUAAGCUAUUUAAAGGUGCCAAUAUUGAAGAUGAUGUGCCAAACUGUUUCGCUGAUUUACAGAUAGAACUCAGCAAAAUCUGAAGGUCCUCAAAUAAACUGGACCGCGUAUUAUCUCUUUAGGCCUGAUUGACUGAUAUUCAGAUCAUGGCACAUACAUAUUUCUAAUUAUUGUGUUAACAAUCAAGAUUUUUGUCAAAAGGAGUAGGACAAUGGAAUAACUUGUUUAAUAUCAGUCAUCCAAAAACCAUAUUUGGAGUUACUAUUUUUUUGUUUUUUUAAGAUUAAAGAACAGUCAAUAGGAUUUGCUGUCACAUGGGUCAUAGGCUUGCAGCCAAUGGCUUUCAUGCCCUUCCCCUUACUAGCACAUUGUCACUUUGUGGGAUCUCAAAUGUCUGACGAGGUUUCAAAGAAAACUGCUCAUAAACAUGUGUGGAUGCACAUAAAACUUUAAAAUGAAAACAAUGCUAUUCAGUAUGGUUGUAGUGGGAAUAAAAUGCAUUCAGUACAUCUAGACAUCAAGGUUUUGCAGAAUUCAAUGUAUAGCAACAGCAAACUAUUGCUUACAAGAAACCGUUCUGCAGGUGAAGUUCUUCUGCUUUUAAAAAAAAUUCUAGAAAACAGUAAAUACAACAUUUUACAUGAUUUACUGAUUGUUUCAAGCUCAUGUGUACUAUAGUGUUCUUAUGACCUGGUCUAAAACAAAGUCAGCGACAUCUUAGAUUUAUGUUGUAUAUAAUCUCUUCUUAACCAGUGUUAAUAAAAUACGGUACUUAGAAUCACUUAUACUCACUUUGUCACUUUGAAUAACUAUCUAAACAUAUUAAAGCAGUGCACAGUUGUUAGUGAGGAGUGCAGAAUUAAACUGCAAAGAAGGCACUACAUCCUUUAACAAAUUAAAGUAUUGUUUGUAUUACACUAACCUGUCGCCUUGUGAUUUCUUCCAUUUCACUGCUUUUAUUCAGUUGUAAAUGGCUCUUAAAUCUUAGAAAGGUGUCAAAGGUUGUUGGGCCAUACAGAGAUUGAAAUGUUUCCAUUAUGAAGUUUAUUCAAUGCUGAUAGUUGUACUUUGACAUAUUUUAAUUUAUUUAUUCUAAAUGUUGUACAGAUCCACUUAUACUGUUUCUGUGAGUCAUUUCACUUGGUUUUGAGUUUCGACACAAACUAUGUAAGUUUGGUAUACAGCAUACUUAUGUAUGUAAUGAUUAUAUUUAAACCUGUUGCAAUUCACAUGUGUUUGUUUAAUUUUUGCUUACUUGUGUAAAUAAAAUUCACUUGUUUUGGCA